AUGAAAUCUCGCUUCCAACAAGUUGACCAACAACCGGUUGGUCGAACGACUUCUUCACAACAGUCCAUCACAAUAAUACGCAUAUGCAAUGUGAAAACGCCUAACUUUUUACACAAGACACUGGUCGCGCUGCUACGACUAAGUAGCAACAGUAUAGCAGAGAGAAGAGGAGAAAAAAAAUCGACUUGCGAGUCUCUCUCUCUCUCUCUCUCUCUCUCUCUCUCUGCCGUUUUUUUUCUCUUUCUUUUCUAUUCUAUUAUUUUUCUUUCUCCCCACACAGUUGUAUCCCCCAUUCCCACUCUUCCUCCAUUCAUACCUUUCUUUUCCUUUUCCUUUUUUAAUCCGAUACUCACUCGCUUCACUUUCACUGCGUCCUCCCAAUCUUCACAACACCUCUUACUUUCCUCUUUCUCUUUCAAAUCUAUCUAUCUAUCUAUCUAUCUAUCUAUCUAUCCUUCCUUCCUUCCUUCCUUCCUUCCUUCCUUCCUUCCUUCCUUCCUUCCUUCCUUCCUUCCAUUUAUGGACAUUCGAGGGAAAGAUGGCGAAGUGGUUUCCAGUUGCCUCUUCCACAGUAUUUAA